GAAAGGCAUUUGACAUCACAUACGUGCGGCUGAAGUUCCACACCAGUCGGCCGGAGAGCUUUGCGAUCUACAAACGCACGAGGGAGGAUGGCCCAUGGGUACCCUACCAGUAUUACAGUGGCUCCUGUGAGAGCACCUACCACAAAGUCAACCGUGGCUUUAUUCGGACUGGGGAGGAUGAGCAGCAGGCGCUCUGCACGGAUGAGUUCAGUGACAUCUCCCCUCUCACUGGGGGUAACGUGGCGUUCUCAACGCUGGAGGGGCGACCCAGCGCCUAUAACUUUGACAACAGCCCCGUGCUACAGGAAUGGGUGACGGCUACAGAUAUUAGAGUGACCCUCAAUCGUCUGAACACAUUUGGAGAUGAAGUUUUCAAUGACCCAAAAGUUCUCAAGUCUUAUUACUAUGCGAUUUCUGAUUUUGCUGUGGGUGGUAGAUGCAAAUGUAACGGGCAUGCGAGCGAGUGUGUGAAGAACGAGCUUGGGAAGCUGGUCUGCAACUGCAAACACAACACCUUUGGGGUCGACUGUGAGAAAUGUCUCCCUUUCUUCAAUGACCGUCCGUGGAGGAGAGCCACAGCAGAGAGCGCCAAUGAAUGCUUGCCUUGUGACUGCAACGGGAGGUCACAGGAGUGCUACUUUGACCCCGAGCUGUACCGCUCGACGGGCCACGGGGGCCACUGCAGGGGCUGCUCGGAUAACACCGACGGUGCCCACUGUGAGAGGUGCAGGGACAGCUUCUAUCGCCUGGGCAGCGAGGAGGGCUGUCUGCCCUGCAGCUGCAACCCUGUUGGCUCCCUCAGCACGCAGUGCGACAGCUACGGCCAGUGCAGCUGCAAACCCGGCGUGAUGGGUGAGAAGUGUGACCGGUGCCAGCCAGGUUUCCACUCCCUCUCCGAAGCUGGGUGCAGGCCCUGUUCUUGCAACCUGGCUGGCAGCACAGGGGAAUGCAAUGUCGAGACAGGACGGUGCACGUGCAAGGACAAUGUUGAAGGCUUCCACUGCGAGAGGUGCAAACCUGGAUUUUUCCAUCUGGAUUUCUCCAAUCCGAGGGGCUGUACCCCCUGCUUCUGUUAUGGACACUCUUCAGUCUGCACCAACGCCGUCGGCUACAGUAUCUACUUCAUCACCUCCACCUUCCAGUUUGGAGAGGACGAGUGGCGUGCUGAGCAGCGCGAUGGCUCAGAAGUUUCACUCCAGUGGAGUGCGGAGACUCAGGAUAUCUCUGUUAUCUCGAACACCUACUUCCCCAUGUAUUUUGUUGCACCACGCAAGUUCUUGGGCAACCAGGUUUUGAGUUACGGACAAAACCUGACCUUCUCCUUCCGCGUGGACAGGCGAGACACACGCCUCUCUGCAGAGGACCUGGUGCUGGAAGGGGCUGGGAUGAGAGUCUCAGUGCCACUCAUUGCCCAGGGCAACCCUUACCCCAGCGAGAACGCACUGACCUACACCUUCAGGCUCCACGAAGCUACAGAUUACCCAUGGAGGCCUGCUCUUUCAGCAUUUGACUUCCAGAAGCUUCUCCACAACUUGACUUCCAUCAAGAUCCGUGGGACGUACAGUGAGAGGAGUGCUGGCCACCUGGAUGAUGUUACCAUCACAAGCGCUCGCCCUGGACCUGGCGUGCCCGUGGCCUGGGUGGAGAGUUGCUCCUGUCCAGUGGGAUAUGAGGGGCAAUUUUGUGAGCGCUGCUCUUCUGGGUACCGGCGAGAAACACCGAGCCUUGGACCCUACAGCCCCUGUGUGCCUUGUGCUUGUAACGGGCACAGCGAGACCUGCGAGCCCGAGACGGGUGUGUGCAAUUGCAGGGAUAACACGGCAGGGUCUCACUGCGAGAAGUGCAGUGAUGGGUAUUACGGAGAUGCCACAGCAGGCACAGCCUCAGACUGCCAGCCCUGCCCGUGCCCAGGCAGCUCAAGCUGUGCCAUCGUGCCCCGCACUAAGGAGGUUGUGUGCACCAGCUGCCAGGCUGGCACUACAG